AUGUACAUACAUUUUGCCGUCGUUGUCGUUACAACUGAAUCCACAUAUCGUCAGCGCAUUGAGCACUCUUUUGUUCCAGCUCGAUCGAUGUUUCCCGUCAUCCGUUCUGUCCAUCUGUCAAUUGCAUUUAAAGCAAAUAUCGCCCAUAAAUAAAAAUGGGCUAUAAUAUAUAUAUAUAUAUAUACUGUACCAGUGAAGCUUAUUUCUGUCUUAUCGUCACUGGAAAUGCUUGACAAUAAAUUAGAUUUUGUGCAAAUUCUCCCGUCCGAUCGAUCCACUCAAUGGGUCCCCGUCCGUCUGUCCCUCAGUCCGUCCGGCAUGAUUUUGCAAAUAAUAUUAAGGAAUGGGAAUAUAGAAGAAGAAAUAUACCUCGGGCAAAUCGCAGGUUUGUGUGAUUUAUAUCAUAACAAAAAAAAAAAACAAAAUAGGUAGAGGAGCUGAAGAGAAAUGCCAGAUCGAAGAUUGGCUACACUUCAUCAACCGAAUUAUCAGGGGAAUAAAUAAAUUUAAAUAAUUUAUUUCUCUGCUAACAGUAAACAAAAUGCUAAAUAAUGUUUAUGAGAUGAAGAUAUGAUAUAUAAAUCACAAACUCAUGCUAGGUUUUAGUACUUUAAGCUAUCUCCUGUUUAGUGAUCAUAAUAAGUAGUAAGUAAGGAAACUAUCUUAAGUCUAAAAUCUACACUAAUGUAUACUGGACAUUAAAGAACUCAAAAUUCUGAUAAAUCAAAAAAAGGUUCUAAGAUCUGUUGAAAAAUCUUAUCUUCUGUCAAAAUUUAAGUAACUUUUCUGUUAGAUCUAAUAAAUUUAUACAAAAUUUAUAUAUGAUCUGAAGAUAGUUUAAAAGGCACCCUGUUUUUUUUGGAAACUGCUGAGUGAUAAUUUCCUAUCAAAACAUAGCCCGAUAAAGACAGUAACUUUUGACUUACCAAUAAAGAAGAGUAAACUUCAGUCGCUACGUUUUAACCAACGUAAUUUUCUGGUCGUUUAACUAUCCAUAAACAAAAUACGGCCAAUGCGGCGUUUGUUGAGGUCAAUGAUUUCUGUUGCGUUGUCUUUUUCACGCUUUUUUAACACUUUUUGUCUG